UCUGGAAGCCCCAGGACAAGGACACCUUCCCUGCCAUGCUGUACCUUCUGUCCUCCAGGCUGCUAGUCAGGAUGUGGGGCAGGACUUCCGAGAAACAGUUAUGGAGGUACAGCAGUCAGACACCUCCCCGCUGUCUCAUCCAUAGACUCGACCACAUCGUGAUGACAGUAAAGAGCAUUAAAGACACCACUGUAUUUUAUUCCAAGAUCCUGGGCAUGGAGGUCACAACUUUCAAGGAAGACCGAAAAGCACUGUGUUUUGGAGACCAGAAAUUUAACCUCCAUGAGGUGGGAAAGGAAUUUGAACCCAAAGCCGCUCAUGCAGUUCCUGGCUCCCUGGACAUAUGUCUGAUCACAGAGGUGCCUUUGGAGCAAAUGAUCCAGCACCUCAAGGCUUGUGAUGUCCCCAUUGAGGAGGGUCCAGUCCCCAGAACGGGGGCAAAAGGGCCUAUUAUGUCCAUCUACUUCCGGGACCCUGACAGAAAUCUGAUUGAGGUAUCCAACUACAUGUCAUCAUGAUCGAGGCUGGCCCUCCUCUGUUCUGUUCCCCAAGAUGUUUCCCUCUCCCUUCCUUCCUGCAAACCCUUGCCCACGCCCAGAGACCUCUGAACACUAAUGGUUUAGGCACUUCACACAUCCUACUGAGGGGACCCAAGACAGGUUUGAGACCACAGCUAUAUGUCUGCAUGCCCUCUAUCCCAGCUGCCCCAAUAAAUGAAUAGCCCCUCGAU